CAAAGUUACGCCUGUACGAUUGGAUCACAACCGCACGUUUCGGAGAUUAACAAUCAGAUAGUUCUCCACCAAACUGUCUCCCAAACUUUUAUACUCCGACACCUAUUACACCGCUCCGGCUUUUGAAGUGAGGCAGAGGUUUGAUACUCAGAUAAGUGCCGCAAUAGAUACCCACUUCCUGGUUGAGACCGAUUUAAAGAUGGAUUCGAGGAGUUUGAGCCUUCCCUCUUUCCAAACCCUAACCCGGGAACUUCCAAAUAUAUCUCCAGAAUUUGGCAUUGACCCUCUUGAUACAGGUACCAGGGAUAAUAUAUCUCUCGGUCUUUUGCUAGCUACACCUCACCAGAAUAAAGUCACCAGAAUCCAAGAGGCAAACCCCCAGAUCGCUCGCCCCUUCCCCCGAGACCUUGAACUAUUUAAUGGUACAAAGAGGUUCCAAAUGCAUCGGGCAAAGGAGGGAAAUGCAUACCCAAGACUACGAUCGUGCAUGUUUAAACCCCUAAUCCCACGAGAUUCAUCUGGUAGAGAACAGACUCCACCAUCAAGUACUAGUGGGAGAUCAUACACCCUUCUCUUAAGUGAGUACAAACAGCUUGUGAAUCUUUAUACGAGGCUUGCCAGAGAUUCACGAAAAGCUUUGGAGAAUACCACCGCGACUAUACUAGACCUUCAGAGCACUUCUAGGUCUAGUAAAGAGGCUUUGCAAGCUCAACUGAAAGUUAAUGAUAAAGUCAUAUUGGCCCUAGUUAAUCUCAGAGAUACGCUACAAACGUUUCCUAAGCAGAAAGACUUAGAACUACAGGAGGUAGACCAGGCAUUGGGUAUGAUUAUAAACUCCCUCUCAUACGGGAACGACCCCUCAUCUAUAAACCCUGAGCCCAAGGAAUUAAUGUACCGUACCACCAUAAACCAUGCAGACAUGAGAGAUGACCAAAAAGACAAGGGAAAGGCAGCUGAUUCGAUAUCUGAAGAAAUUCCAGCUCUUAGACUCAGCUUUGAGAACCAAGCUCAAUAUUCUUUGUUUGAAGAUACUACAACCAAAGCCCUGGAGUUUCACACCGAGGACGGAGGGAAACUUGAUGUUGAUACUGAUUGUGAAAGCUUGGUAUUCGACGACAAUGGAAUCAUCAGAGAAUAUUCUUAUUUUGUGCUUCCGUGGUCAAGCACCUAUACAUAA